CACAGCUCUGCUCUUUUUUACUUCCACUGCUUCUGCUUUUUUCUUUUUCUCGAUUAGUGUAAAUCUCCUCUACAACAUAAUUCGAAGCUACUGAAAUGUCGUCGAGCGAUCGCAUUCUCAACGCCGCCGUCCUCGGCGCUACUGGCACAGUGGGCCAGCGCUUUAUCGUGCUGCUGGCCAGGCAUCCGAUGUUCCGCAUCCACUCGCUGGGUGCGUCCGAGCGCUCGGCUGGCAAGGUGUACACUGAUGCAACCAAGUGGAAGAUGAGCGACAUUAUGCCUGAGGAGGUCAAGGCAAUGGUGGUAAAGCCGUGCGAUCCGGCGCAUUAUGCCGGGUGCGACGUUGUGUUUUCGGGGCUGGACGCCGCGGUGGCAGGCGACAUCGAAAAGGCUUUCUUUGAGGCCGAGUUUGCGGUGUUCUCGAACGCAAAGAACUACCGCAUGGUGGAGGAUGUGCCACUGUGUGUGCCAGUGGUGAACACCGACCACUACCAGCUGGUCGCGCAUCAGCGCAAGUCGCUGAACCUGCAGAAGGGCUUCAUCGUGACCAACUCGAACUGCUCGACAUCUGGUCUGGUGGUGCCGCUGAAGGCGCUGCAGGACAAGUUUGGCGCGAUCUCCCGUGUUAUCGUGACCACGCUGCAGUCGAUCUCAGGUGCCGGAUACCCGGGCGUCGCGUCGCUGGACAUCCUCGACAACAUCGUGCCGCUGAUCUCGGGCGAGGAGCCCAAGAUGGAGGCCGAGGUGAAGAAGAUCCUGGGCGGCAUUAACAGCGAUCUGUCGGCCUGCGCACCGCUCACCGACAUGAGGGUGUCGGCCACGUGCAACCGCGUUGCAGUUAUCGACGGCCACACCGAGUGCGUCAGCGUCGAGUUCGCCGGCAAGCCGCCUUCGGUCGAGGAGGUCAAGCAGUGCCUGCGCGAGUACACGUGCGAGGCCCAGGAGCUCGGCUGCUUCUCAGCGCCCAAGCAUGUCAUUCACGUUACCGAUGAGCCGGACCGCCCGCAGCCGCGUCUGGACCGGAAUAACGGCGAGGGCAUGUCAGUCACUGUUGGCCGCAUCCGCGAGUGCCCCGUGUUCCACAUCAAGUUCACUCUGCUGGUCCACAACACCGUGCUGGGUGCCGCCGGCGCCAGCAUCCUCAACGCUGAGUAUGCCGCCAAGAAGGGCUUCGUCUAAGUUAUUUCUGCAUGGUGGUGACAAUAUAGCUGAUCUCCCAGUGCCAGUGCGCUUGCCAGGAAGGACUCUAGCCACAUGAACGAACGGCCAUGUCCUUUCCAUUAGAACCUUCCACUGCAUGAGCCGCUUAGAAAGGCAGAGUGCUUUUUUCUGGUGGGCAGCAACGAGAGAAAGCGUUGCGGCGUUAGUUCCUUCUUCAGCAACUUCUGCUCCACUAUCUCCCUCCCUAUUUUCUAAUGCCACUUCUUUUUCUUGUAAAUAUCCACUAGUUAUCCACCCUUGCUCU